AUGCCUGAUAUUUUAAGGAAUAUGAGUGUAAGCAACUCACAUCAGAAUCCCCCUGCUGGUGUGACAAAUGGGGAACGGGUACUGCAGGGUUCACGACUGCGGCCAAAGAAAUUAGUGAAAGAGUGCAAGAUAAGAGCAGGUACUAUAUGGAACGUUGGUACUCUGACAGGAAAACUGAGGGAGAUAGUGGAUGUGAUGGAGAGGAGGAGGAUAGACUUUUUGUAUGUGCAGGAGACUAAGUGGAAAGGGAGUGGAGCUAGAGAGAUAGGAAAUGGGUAUAAGCUCUAUUACAAUGGGUUACAAGAGAGAAGAAAUGGAGUUGGAAUUAAAGCAAUGAAAGAGGAGGAGAAACUAAUAAUAGGAGCUGAUAAGAAUGGUAGGGUGGGAAAGAGAAGAGAUGGGUAUGAGGAGGUACAUGGAGACCAUGGGUUUGGAAUUAGAAAUGAAGAUGGGGAUCAUUUAUUGAAGAUGGCUCAGAGUUUUGAAUUGGCCUGUAUGACCACAUGGUUUCAAAAGUUAGAUAAGUACUUGAUAACUUAUGAAAGUGGAGGAGUGCAAAGCCAAAUAGAUUUCGUACUGGUUAGAGGAGCUGACAGAAGCAAUGUGACAAACUGCAAAGUGAUCGUGGGAGAAGCAUAUGUUAAACAGCAUAGGUUGGUGGUGAUGGAUUUUAAAAUGAGAGGUAGGAAUCCCAAGAAGAGAAAGAGAAGAUCUAGAAUUAAGAUAUGGGACCUUAAAGGAGAAAAGGGGGAACAAUUUAGGAGGUCUGUGAGAGAGAGAUGGCUGGAAAGGGGGAACAUAGAAUUUGGACAGGGUAACAGAGUGGAAAAUACCUGGGCAGACAUAAGAGAAAUAUGUGUGGGGGAAGCAGAGGAACUGAUGGGAAGAACCAGCAGGUAUGGAGUGUUGAGAGGAGAAAAGUGGUGGUGGAAUGGAGAGGUGCAAGAAUCAAUUAAAAGAAAAUUAAAAGCAUAUAAGGACUGUGGAAACUGGAAAGGAAGGCAUGCACAAGGUGCAGAGGAAAGACAAAUAUUCAUACUAAUUGCACUAUAUAUAUAUUUAUUCCAGCAAGUUCUUGAUGAAGUUAGUGAAGAGCAGCCUAUUGUUGUGGUUUUUCCUGAAGUAAAUUUUAAAGCAUUGCAGAUUGUUAUUACUUACAUGUAUCUUGGUCAGGUGAAUGUUCCUGCAGAAAUUCUUCCGCUCGUGACAGACUUGGCAAAGAUGCUGAAAGUGAAAGGACUUAUUAAACUUCCAGUCUACUGGGAUUCUGUUAUAUGUGGAGCAGAGGUCAAGGUUUUUGAGGACGAAGAAACUUUGGAAAGUGCAGGAGAAGAUCAAGCAAAUUUCACUUCUGAGCCUGAGGGCAUUGUUGAGUUAGAGGUUUCAACAGCAGAUGGUGAACAUACUGUAUCUAGUAACAUGCAGAUGGUGAAUUGCCGUACUGCAGUUACUGUCAUCACCAAUACUUCUCCCUGUGCAUCUCCAAGGAAAGGAUUACAGUCUCCAGUUAAUGCAAAGGAAAAUCAAGCUUCUGAAUCACAGUCAUCUGUAGAUUCUAGUAUAGAUAUUGCAAAAAAUGGAACUGGAGUUAAUGAUGAUCAUAUACUUAUUGAGGCUGAGGAUAUUCAGAUGUCAGUUGUUGAUGAAAGGAAUCCCAAUCACAUUAAGCUAAGUGAGGAUAGGACCAUGAGUGAAAUGUUGUUCAGUAGUGAUUACAUGGAUGAAGAAAGAUCUUUUGAUGAUCAGACAAGUUCAAAGGAACCUCAUUCUAUAUCGGUCCUACAAAAACAUUCUUCAAGAAGGAGACGAGAUCAUCUUUACAAACUUGCCAAAUAUGGGCCUGAAGAUUUAGAAAGAGCAAUAGAAGACUUGAAAGCAGGGACGGGUACAUUACGAGAAAUAGCAGGAAGAUGGGGCGUUCCCAAAUCCACACUAUCUGUAAGUGCCAAGAUAGCUGGCAUUUCAUCUCUUCAGAAGCCUCCAGACUAUGACAGAAAAGCUAUUGAAGAAGCAAAAGAGUUAGUAAGAGCUGGUACAAGUUACAUGAAGGCAGCAAAGGAGUAUAACAUACCAAAGUCGGUUUUGUGGCGAAAAUGUCAGAAAGACAAUAUAUUUCCAAAGGAAAGUCAGCAUUUUUACAGCUACAGUCAAGAAGAUGUAAUACGAGCCAAAGAGAUGUUGUGUAAUGGCCAGUCGCUAAUUGAAAUUGUCAAAGAAACUAAAGUAAGUAGCUGUGUUCUAUAA